AUGCCGCAUCCAGUAGCACGCCCAACCUCUCCCAGCAAGGGCGAGCUGUCUGAUUGUCAAGAAAAACGUCAAUGUUUGGAAGAAGAGAACCAUAAGAAGAGUCUAUCAGACGACGACAAAAGGUCGAACACAUUGCACGCCGAAGAUGCCACUGUAGAAGAUGAUGAUUCAUCGGAGACACUCAGCAAUGGUCUGCCGCCUUAUGCACAAAAGCUUGAUUCGUACGAUGAAUUAGUUUUCGGUCUUAUAGAAGGUUUUUCAGAUGAUCCGCGGCAAGUACCACCUCAAUGCUACGAAAUUCCGGAUACACUUUUGUUUGGGCAUUCGAGAAGGCCAAGAGAGGACGCCAAAGUUGAAGCUGUGAAGGAACUUAUUCAACAAGCUGAAGCGGCUGGGCUGAUUGGGGGAGGUGUGAGCUCAGAGGAACAUGAGGAAAUGCCCAUUGAUCUUGAUGGGAGGAGUAUUUUGGAUCGGAGUGAUGCCCUUUGGGACAGGUUAGUCCUCGGAAGUGUACCGUUUGACUUUGGCGAUGGGGCUUUGGAGAAGGCGAAUGUUGAUCCCGCAAGGACGGAAGGGCGGGAUGAGAAUCGUGGCUGUUGCAGAACGUCUGAAACUGACGAGAUUCAGAUAAACAUCUCCCGCAAAACUCGACUGAAAUGGCACCGCCAAACAGAAUCCUCACUGUCAGACGCUCCGGCGCUCGCAUCCGUGGGGGACUAUGCUGAAGUUGCCGCCACCCUCAGCGACAGAUUCCCAUCACCCUACACCGUCGAAGCCGCCUCCGAGUUUAUAGCAACCGGCGGCGACGGCGCGGAUCCGCACUAUCCCACACACGGGGCCAUCAUGCUCAAGCCCAGCACGCCGGAUAACCUGACGACUGAGCCGGUCAUGAUUGGUGGCUUUGAAUUUCGCCCGCAACAGGAUGUCUCUUAUAGGACGUGGGCAGUGGGUUGUUUCCUGACCCCGUCGGCCUGGGGCAGGGGAUAUGGUACCGAGGCGAUUGCCGCGGCGGUGCGGUGGGUGUUUGAGACGUGGCCUGGUUUGCUAAGGGUUGAUGGGCGGGCGUACUCGUCGAAUCUGGCGAGUGUGAGGGUUUUGGAAAAGAGCGGGUUUGUGAGGGAGGGCGUUAGGAGGAGGGCAGUUGAGAAGGGCGGCCUUGUUUUGGAUAUUGUUGCUUUGGGGGCUGUGAGGAGUGAUUUAGGGUUAGGGUAG